CGUCCGGUGGCCUUGGUCACUUCUGGAGGUACGGCUGCCGACCUAGAAAAUCAGUCGGUUCGCUGCAUAGACAAUUUUUCCACCGGAUUACGUGGUGCCAUUGCCGUUGAACAGCUCCUUCAAAGGGGCUAUGCGGUCGUGCAUUUAUCACGGAAAGGAAGUGCAGAGCCCUUUGCUCGAGCUUUGAGUCAAUACUUGGGACUUCAACAGGCAAAUCAUGGACUGGACGUACAAACAAUGGUCGAUGGCCGCUUAUUGAGCAUUUCUUUCCGAACAGUUGAGGAUUACUUGGGGAGGCUUCAACUCUGCGCCGAGAGCUUGCGGGACGCGCAAUCGCUCGUUAUGAUUUUUUUGGCAGCUGCUGUUAGUGAUUUUUAUGUUCCUGCGGAAGGUCGCGUAGAGCACAAGAUCCAAAGCGACGGCGAGGAUUUGGUGCUGACGCUCAAGCCGGUACCCAAGGUUAUUGAAGAGCUACGGCAAAAAUGGUGCCCUGACGCCUUUGUGGUUACAUUCAAGCUGGAGACGGACACAAAAAUAUUGAAAGAAAAGGCAGCGCGCGCGGUAGAACGCUACGGUUGUCACAUGGUGAUCGGCAAUCUAUUAAAGUCUCGUCACAACAAAGUGUGGAUCUUAUCU